GACUUUCAUACGUUACACGGAAUGGAGAUGAAAAAUUUUUUGUGAUGUGGACAAUGAUGGUACCGAGAUAACGUACGGCUAUGAACGACAUGUAACUAAAGAAGCUCGAGUAGAAGUGGGUGACACAUCUGUCGGAUGGUACACGUUGCAAAGCCGAAAGCGAUCUAAUGGCUUAUCAGACGCUCUUGCAGGAGUUCCUGCAAACCCCUGUUGUGACACGGGCUUACACGACUGCCUGUGUCAUCACGACUCUCGCCGUGCAAUUGGACCUGGUCUCCCCCUUUCAGCUCUAUUUCAAUCCAAUUUUAAUAGUUAAACAAUAUCAGCUAUGGCGAUUGAUAACGACGUUCCUAUUCUUUGGGACGGUAGGAUUCAAUUUCUUCUUCAAUAUGAUAUUCACCUAUCGAUAUUGCCGGAUGCUGGAAGAGGGAUCGUUUCGAGGGAGAACAGCUGACUUUGUCAUGAUGUUCAUUUUCGGAGCAGUGUGCAUGACUAGUUUCGCAUUUUUUGUUAACUUAUUGUUUUUGGGACAUGCAUUUACCAUUAUGUUGGUGUACGUCUGGUCAAGACGAAAUCCAUUCCUCAGGAUGAAUUUCUUCGGGCUGAUUAACUUCCAGGCUCCGUAUUUGCCCUGGGUACUUCUGGGAUUCUCGGUACUACUAGGCAAUGCUAUAUGGGUAGACUUAAUUGGUAUGGCUGUGGGACACAUGUAUUAUUUUGCCGAAGACGUCUUUCCCCAGCAAAGAGGAGGCUUUCGAAUAUUAAGAACUCCACAAAUACUUAAAACUCUAUUUGACACGCACGCCGAGGAUCCGGACUACACACCGUUGCCUGAAGACAGGCCCGGAGGUUUCAACUGGGGGCAGGUUCCCAACGUACAAUGACUCUCGUGCAAUUCCUACAGCUUCCCAAGUAUUUGGUGUUACAUCGAUGUCAGCAGUCAGAGAUUGUUGCGUUCUAUUAACUGCUCCCAUAGAAGUUUGUCCAGGAUAUCGAUCGAGAGGAACCUGCGAAUCCCUCCGAAUCACACAUGUUCACACUUAUGAUACAUAAUUAUUUUCUGGCGCUGCGGAAAGGAGUGUUUUAAAUACAGAACUUUUGUAAUGACCUAAGAGGUCUCCAAGUUUUAAAGGUGCGUGUUAACUGCAGUUAUUAACACAUACACGCUAAGUGUAUACCAAAGUGGGAUUAUCGGAUUAAACAUACCUAUCGAGGGCGAUGAUCACUGAGGACAACGACUAAGUGACUGGUGUGCACACUUCACUGUGUUCUUCAAACGUUCUGAUUAAGGUUAUCGACAUUGAAGGAAAAGAAAAAAAAAAUGAAAGAAAGUAUCUAAAUCAUGUCUCACCGAAAGAACUCUCCACAGUGAGUCGUAACUGAACUAACUCGUACAACUGUUAGAAAACUGGUGUUUAGUCCUUAAAAUAAUGUUUCCUCAUCGUUAAGUUUAUUAACGCGGUACAAGGUGUGUGUCGUUUAAUUUCGUUUGCAAAAUCGUUUCCUCGCAUGUAGCCGUAGAGUGAUUAAAAAAAAAAAAAGAAUCGCCUCUUCCGGACAUAGUGCACUGCUGCUUCGCGUGGUACAUUAAACGAAAGGGAAAGAUAAAUUCCAAAGAUUAGCAGCCAAACCAUAGGUACCGUUAACAUGUACAGCAACUUAUGUUACGUCUACAUUUGCUAUUCAUUUUUGUAAAUAGAGAAUGUACUACGCUCUUAAUAUACAAGAUGUCCCCAGGGGAAGUCAGUUCUGCCA